UUACGCAAGGCAUCUUUGUUGGCCAUCUUGUUUGUGUGGGCGCUCGGAAGAUUGUGGCGUUUUACGGCGUCCAUUGCCUUUGAUUAUGUCUUCUAGAGCACAGAAAGACAAAGGGCAGAAACAGAACUCAAAUCAGGCUAUUUUAUCGGAAUUACUAAAGGAGGAAGAGAAUAGAUACUGUGCGGAUUGUGGAGCUAAAGGGCCGCGAUGGGCUUCCUGGAAUCUGGGUGUUUUUCUUUGCAUCCGCUGUGCCGGGAUACAUCGAAACUUGGGUGUCCAUAUUUCAAGAGUGAAAUCCGUGAACCUUGAUUCAUGGACUCCCGAGCAGAUGGAAAGUAUCCAGCAAUGGGGAAAUAAGCGAGCUGCGGAGUUUUGGGAAUGUAAUCUUCCGAGUGAUUUCCGUCGCCCUCAAACCGACUCAGCCAUGGAGGCAUUUAUCAGAGGCAAAUAUGAGCGUAAACAGUAUUUAAAGAAAGAUGGAUUACCUCCAAGCAAGCUAACAAGCACUGCUGCCACAAAGGAAACAAAGUCUAUUGACAAGCCGAAGAAAAAGCGAGAGAAGAAGGAAGAAGACAUCACCAUUACCCCUCUUAGAACUGAGGCUGAAAAGAAAAUCUUCCUCCCAACUGCUCAACCACGCCCCCAUUCCCACCCUCCCGCAGUCAAGGCACCUGAGCCAGCUAAACCAGCUAAACCAGCUGCUCUGGUUGAUCUGUUGUCUUUAGACACUCCAGCACCUGCCCCAGUAUCUGCACCAGUGCCAACAACAUCAGCAACUGCUGGACUAUUGAACUCUCUGGCGCAGCCCCCUGCCUCUCAACCUGCUAAAACUGGUUUAGAAAAUGAGCUGAUUGAUUUUGGGGCAUUCCAACAGAACGUAAUUAUUGACACUGGCUUUAGUGAACCACAGCAGCAGCUCAACAACCAAGUGCCUCUAGAAUCAAAUGAGGAAUCCCUUCUCAAGGAUGACUCAUUAACAAACAAAUCCACUAAAGACAGCAUAAUGGCAUUGUAUGCACCAAAAACUCAUGGCAGUCAGCCUCAGAUGUAUGGCGUUCCAGGUGGGAUGUACAUUUCCCCACAACAGCAUCAGCAACAGCAGCCGCAACAGGCUGGCCCCAACCAACAUCCUGCUAUGUUCAACAGGAUGGCUGGAGUUCCUCCCCAGGGAAUGCCUAUGGGAAUGGGGGCUCCCCGUCAACCGGUGUUCAUGCAGCAACAACAACAACAACAGCAACAGGUUGCCCAGAUUCAGCAGCAAAUGCAGCAGAUGCGACUCAAACAACAGCAAAUGCCUCCACAAGUGAACAUGCACAAUGCCAACACAAGCUUGUUUGGACCAGUUCAGACACCAGUAGCAAAUGGCUGGAUGCCGCAGCAGCCCAUGUCAUUUCCACAGCAGCAACAUCCUCAGUAUGUCACCACGGGACCUGUGCCUGGGAAUAUGGGGUUUGGAAAUUUCCCCAUGGGGGCUGUACCUGGUUCAGGCCAAACUCUCAGUCACCAGUUGUGGAAAUAAUGAAGUUGUUCUCAAUAUGUAAAUAAUAAUUAUGAAUUCAAAGAAAACUUGUACAUUGGGUUACCUUUAAUAGGUGGCUGGUUUGUCCUUGUGAUUUUUAUCACAAGACUGCGGUUUCAACGUGAUUAAUCUACUUGUAAUCUGCCUGUGCAAGCCAUCGUUGAUGUUUCAGGAUGUUCUAGCAUUGCAACACUUCAUUAACACUGGAAGGAUAAAUCUGGAUUUAAAAAUAUGUUUCUUCUGAUAAGAUUGAACUGAAACAGUCCUUUCAACAGUUUUAAGCAAAACUGUGCUCCCAUUUUCAUUGGGUAAAUUCAGGGAUCCACAAGAUGAGGCCAUUGUGAGAUUUAAAAUAAUGCUGCAACCAUUAUGUUGGAACAAUGGCCUGCAUGUUGUGAAGUAUUUUGCACUGUAGUAGAAAUUUUUGAAUUUCUGCGCAGUCAGAUAGUGUUGCUAAAACUAUGAUUGUAUUAUUAUUAAUAGUUAACUAUUAUUUUUACUUAUAAUUUGAUUUUGGUAUUAAGAGCUUAUAGAAGCUAUCCAGAGAAUGUUUGCAUAAAGAAAGUAGGGUAGAGUUUCAAAUUUAUAUUAGCCUCAGCUAGGUUGAGCAGAAACAAGUAACAUGAGAGUAGUGUGGUAAUUGUCUCCAAAUGUAGUAAUGUUACUAUUUUGAAGUCUGUACCUGUAAAGCUAGCCAGCUACCGUAGAUCAUGACUUGUACAAUUAGGCAGCGAAAACUCUCACUAGUUUCUGUAGCAAAAAGGUGGCUUGUCACCAUCACCUCAUUGUCACUGAACUAGAGUGUAUAUGUACAGUGUGUAAAUGCAUCAUAUAUACUUCUACGUAAUUAAUUAGUAAUUACCAGUAUGCAAUGUAAUUGAAUGGGAAUGGGAGGGGAGGUGGAUAGAAAAUUUCUUGGCUGGGCAGUAGUUGCAUGAAAAGUUUCAGUUGAAAUUCAUUCAAUCAUUUAUUUUAGAAAUUAGAUUGGAGAUGCAUUGGUUUCAGGAACAAAUUUGAUGUUUGUUUACUCAUCAACUGCAUGAUUCCAUAAGGGUCAUUGACAAGUACUAUGUUCAGUGUCUUCACCUAUUUUUCAUUUUUUUAAGUUAUUACUGAAUAAAUUAAGAUUAUUGUGCUGGAAUCUUGUUUGUCAUUACUGAAUAAUAAGUUAUUAUUAGUGUUAUUUUCUUUUUAAUGUUAUUUCAUAUGAAGUACGUGUAGUCACCUGCGAUGCAGCAGGAUCUGUCACUAAAUCCUUGAUAUAGUGCGGCAGUCUUGACUGUCUUUGAUGCAGGCAGAAAUACAAGAUAGCUGCUGUUUUGAUGGAUUCCUGUUCAAUACAAAUUACUGAAAGUAUUGUUUUUCUUCACUGUAUUACCUAAGAAAAGUUUGUGGCACUUGACACUUUAUUAAUUAAUUGGUACAUGAUUAUAUUUGGGCUCUUAUAAUUUUAUUCUGGCAAGACUGAAAGCUAAGCGCAGUUUUGAUAAUAAAUGCAGUUUGUUAUGAUUA